CGCCCGUUUUAUCAUCAAACCACACCCCACACCAACUUCACAUGUAAAAGCCUAAAAGGGAAGGAUGAUGAUUUGUUUCAAGUUUUAUUUGUUUCUUCUACUGCUAGUGACCCUGUGGGUCUCUAUACUAGCCGAGAGAGAUUUUUAUCAAAUUUUAGGAGUGAACAGAGAUGCUACCUCUAAACAAAUAAAGAAAGCCUAUCGUACGCUAGCAAUGAAAUAUCACCCGGACAAGAAUAAAGACGACCCCGAUGCCCAGACAAAGUUCCACGACAUCAACGAGGCCUAUGAGGUACUUAGUGACGAGGAAAAGAGAGACAUUUAUAAUAAGCGGGGAGAAGAAGGACUGAAGAAUCAUGGACAACAUGGCGGCGGGGGAGUUUUUGAUAAUUUCUUUGGAGGAUUUGGCUUCCAUUUUGGACAAGCUGACAGCGGACAUCAUGAAAUACCACGAGGAGGUUCCAUCACAAUGGAUCUUGAAGUCUCACUUGAAAAUCUUUACAACGGUCAGACGUUAAGAGUAGCUAGAUACAAGCCAGUACCUAAAGCAGCUAAAGGUACUAGGAAGUGUAACUGUCGUAUGGAGACAAAAACCAUACCGAUGGGCCCCGGAAGGUUUCAGAUGGUACAACAACAAGUGUGUGAUGAUUGUCCGAAUGUAAAGUUUGUCAACGAAGAGAAGAUCCUUGAAGUAGAAGUGGAACCAGGAAUGAGUCAUGAGAGCCAGUAUCCGUUCAUAUCUGAAGGUGAGCCACACAUUGACGGAGAACCAGGAGAUCUUAUUUUUGUAAUAAAGCAAGAAAGACACCAUAUGUUUGAAAGGCGUGGCGAUGAUUUAUACAUGAAUAUAACCAUUUCAUUGAGAGAUGCACUGACUGGCUUUAAUAUGGAGAUUACUCAUUUGGACGGACACAAAGUCGAGAUAUCUCGUGACAAGGUAACAUGGCCUGGUGCCAUUAUCAAGAAGAAAGGAGAGGGUAUGCCAAACUAUGACAACAACGUCAAGAAAGGUGACCUUUACAUUACGUUUGACGUUGAGUUCCCUCGAGGUGUCAUUUCUGAUCAAGACAAAGAAGACAUCAUACGAGUUCUUAAUCAAGAACCUAAUCAGAAACCGUACAAUGGACUCUAGCGAAUAUUAAUUUACUAUUAUUUAUUACAAUUCUUAUUAUUAGUAUUAUAACUAUCACAUCCUUUCGCCUUCGGGCAUUUUUUGACUUAAUAAUAUUUUGUAUAAUAAA